UGAGCUCCAGAACUUAGUAUCCAACUACCUUACUUUCCAUCUCUACUUGGAUGAUUCAUAGAUGGGAAUCCCCCUAUCAGAAUGCCAAUGGGAGAUACCAAUUGGCAGUAUAGAAAAUAAUGCUUCUGCUUUCCGGCGGUGACGACCUACCCACAUGAGAACAUGCCUCUCGCAAAGGAUCUCCUUCAUCCCUCCCCAGAAGAGAAGAAGAGGAAACACAAUAAGAAACUCCUGGUGCAGAGCCCCAAUUCCUACUUCAUGGGUGUGAAAUGCCCAGGAUGCUAUAAAAUCAGCACGGUCUUUAGCCAUGCACAAACGGUAGUUUUGUGUGUUGGCUGCUCCACUGUCCUCUGUCAGCCUACAGGAGGAAAAGCAAGGCUUACAGAAGGAUGUUCCUUUAGAAGGAAGCAGCACUAACGGCACUCUGAAUCAAGAUGAGUGGGAAACCAUCUCAAUAAACACGUUUUAGUUAAAAAUAAAAUAAAAUAAAAUAACGCUUCCAUCGGAUACUUAA